ACAAAGCUUAGGCUUUGUUGACCUGAGUUGGGGUGGCUGUUGAGCUCAACCAAUGCGGAUGGAUUUCCCACCGGAUCGAUUGGUAUAUAAAGCGGCCCUGGUGGAAACAUUCGACAUUCAGUUUGUUCUUGUACUCUCUCUGAAACUCAUUUUAAAAAAUGACUGGUCGCGGCAAAGGAGGAAAAGGACUCGGCAAGGGAGGCGCCAAACGUCAUCGCAAAGUUUUGCGUGACAACAUCCAGGGAAUCACCAAGCCGGCCAUCCGUCGUCUUGCCCGUCGUGGUGGUGUCAAGCGAAUCUCUGGUCUCAUCUACGAGGAGACCCGCGGUGUGUUGAAGGUGUUCCUUGAGAACGUGAUUCGUGACGCCGUCACCUACACUGAACACGCCAAGAGGAAGACGGUGACGGCCAUGGACGUCGUCUACGCAUUGAAACGCCAGGGCCGCACUCUGUACGGUUUCGGCGGUUAAAUCUGAUCUUGAUUUUCAUACUCUGAUCUUUCAAUCCA